UUUCCCCACGGGUAGAAGAAAAGGCGAGCGAGUAACUGUGACUGAGUGAUGAGUAUCCAUCCGGUCCGGCAGCGGCAGUAGUAGCAUUUGGUGACGCCGAUUGACAUGGAUCUCUAGCAGUAGCCGGCACCGAGCAGUCACCCCACCCCAGACACACACAACUACUCCUAGAAGUCUACCUGAAGUGACGGGUGAGGAGGCGAGAGCCGAGAGGUGGAGGAUGCGAGGCUGCUAGCACGUGCACUACUUGAGUCAGUGUACGCAGCUACUGGCUACUGCCCCUCUGCCUGCGUGCUCUCCGGCCUCUUCUGUACUAGCCUCCUGUAGUAUGGCCGUGCACAGUGCCUCCUUCUCGGCUUCUCGCUGAUCCAUUAAACUUGACGAUCAGGUUGCCUGAGGUAGCCGCGCUGAGGUUUGAGCGGGAGAGGGACGCAGCUAGAGGCGGGGGGCUCUAUAUUACAAUGCAGCAGUGAAGACCAUGGAGUGCUCCCGGGGGAGGCAGAGGCAGAUGCAGAGGUGGAGGUGGUGUGGCAGAUCCAUGCUAAAGCUGGCGGGGUUGUGCGUCGCCGUUGCCAUCUGCCUGUGCGGCGUUCGGUCCUGGGCUUGCAGUGGCAGCGGCAGCGGCUGCAGGGGGAGUACUGUGUUGCUCCGUUCAGAGUCCUUGAGACGAGGACGAGCGGCAGCAUCUUGCGGUAAUCAGGGGUGCUACACGACUGGGCAAUGGCGGCGGCUGCUGGCGGACGGUCCGGGGUCAUACCCGCCACGGUGCACGUCCAAGUGCGGCGACUGCAGCCCGUGCUACCCGGUGCACGUGGCCGUGCCGCCGGGCGUGCCUGUCACCACCGAAUACUACCCGGAGGCGUGGAGGUGCAAGUGCGGCAACCGGCUCUACAUGCCAUGAGCCCAUGAGCGAGCAAGGAGGCGGCCAGCCGGUGAAGAAUCUCUCGAGAGCGCCGGCCGCUGGGGCCGGCGCUGCAUUAUUGCGCCGGGCCGGGUGCCUCUCGCCUGCGCGCGGUGUCGUCGUGGUCCUCGCCGCGCGCAUGGGCGGGAUCUGCGCUCUGCAGCGCGCGUGGUGACCUACCACAGGCACACUGACCGGCUGCCGGCUGGGAUACUGAGAGACUGCAUGUCUUUUUCCGUGCCGCGCGCUGGAAUUCGCACGGCCCUACCACGAGCACGUGCCGUACGGGGCGUCAGCGCGUGCUGGAUCGAAGAGGGAUGCGAGCUGAGAGAGCGCGCCUGAUGAGAGGCUGAGACGAGACCUGAUGCGGCCCACACCUGCACGUGUCCGUAUAAUCUGUUCAGAGUGUUCAUAAUCGAUCUUUUCAAAUUUUUCUCAAUGCCGUUUUCCGCAUCUGAGUCCUGUUACACAAAUUUCCUGGUGAACUCUGUAGCCAAAUGUAGUGUUGCCGUGUUGGAUACUAGCACUAUAUAUCGUGGCAGCAUGGAACAGUUCCUGGUUGGUCUCCCCGCGCUGUACCCAGGUUCAGUAUACCAAUAAGUAAAAGCACAUAGAUUUGGACCGAAAAA